AUGUCAAAUCAAGAUCUCGCGUCAUAUCUCGCAUUUGCUAUAAAGCUGGCCCGCGAUUCCGGUGUCAUCAUUAAGAAUGCACUUGACAGCAGAAUGGCAGGUACCGGUGCACGCAUCGAGGCCAAAUACGAUAACCCCACCGACCUUGUCACCGAAACGGACCAAGCAGUCGAGCAGUUUAUUAAAGAACGUUUAGCAUCUACUUACCCAGAUCACAAGUUUAUUGGUGAAGAGACCAUGGCUGCAGGAGCGCAAACAGAGUUUACUGCUCAUCCUACCUGGAUUGUAGACCCAAUUGGUAUGGUUAAAAUUCCCUUUGUUGUCCCAUAUUCUAAUGUCACCCGUGUCUGUCUUUUAGAUGGCACUACCAAUUUCAUCCACGGAUUCCCAUUUGUGGCCGUAUCAAUUGGAUUGACCAUUGACCGCGAAAGCGUACUGGGUGUUGUGUACAACCCUUUGUUGGACGAAUUAUACUCAGCCGUCAAAGGCCAGGGUGCUUAUCUUAACGAGACGGUGCGGCUGCCUCUCUUCCAGCCCGCCCCUCCCCUUGUUGAUCUUGGUCACUGCUUAGUGGCUACUGAGGUUGGAUCGGAUCGUACACCAGAAGUAUUGACCGCCAAGAUGGAAACCUUGCAUGCUUUAAUGCGCAAAAAGAGAUCGGUGCAGGACAAAGGAUCAGCAGAGGCCCACAGUAUCCGUGCUACUGGGUCAGCAGCCUUAAAUAUGUGCUGUGUGGCGAAGGGUGUUGUGGAUGUAUACUGGGAAGUAGGAUGCUGGGAGUGGGACGUUGCGGCUGCAAUUGUGAUCCUACGCGAGGCCGGUGGACUGGUUCUCUCGGGCCACAAUGAUCGCCAGGAGCAAGAUGUCGGUCUGUUUGGUCGUAAGUUCCUUGCUAUCCGUCCUGCAGCUGAUAAACCUUGCCAACUCAAAAUUGCUCAUGAAAUGUGGGAUAUCAUUCCCGCUAUCCACGCUCCUCGGCCACACGUGCCAGGGACAGAACUUGCGUGA